UCAGAUUCAGCGCGCCAAAUCUGAGCAUUUCUGGUGUCAACAACCAGAACAACACACCGGGAACAGCCAUGGACCUCAGCCACUAUGAGGCAGAUAACUCGGUCAGCUGUCGCCUGGCCUCGGCCAUACCUGACAUGUGUAAGACAGAAGACUGCUGCCUGGGCAUCGAUGAAGCAGGCAGGGGUCCAGUGUUGGGCCCCAUGGUCUACGGCAUCUGCUUCUGCCCAGUCUCCAAGAAGGAGGACCUGAAGGACUUGAAAGUAGCCGACUCGAAGACGUUGACAGAAGCAGAGAGAGAGCACCUCUUCAGUAAGGUGGACGAGGCCAAAAGCUUCGUGGGCUGGGCUCUACAAAUCCUCUCGGCCAACACAAUUUCCAACAGCAUGCUGCAGAGGGCAAAAUACAACUUGAAUGCUCUUUCUCACGAUGCGGCCAUUGGUCUUGUCCAGUUUGCCCUGGACAACGGAGUGCAGCUCAAAGAGGUGUUUGUGGACACGGUGGGCCCGGCGGAGAAGUACCAGGACAAGCUGUCCCAGCGCUUCCCCGGGGUGGAAGUGACCGUGCGCCCCAAGGCCGACUCUCUCUUCCCCAUCGUCAGCGCAGCCAGCAUCUGCGCCAAGGUGGCCAGGGACCACGCUGUGAAGGACUGGAACUUCUCAGAAGACCUGGGGGAUGUAGACACAGACUAUGGCUCUGGCUACCCCGGUGACCCUAAGACCAAGGCGUGGAUGGCGAAGUACCUGGACCCCGUGUUCGGCUACCCCCAGUUUGUCAGGUUCAGCUGGAGCACCGCCCAGACCCUGCUGGACAGCAAGGCCGUCCCUGUCCACUGGGACGAUGACGAGGAGGACGGGGAGAAGGCGGCGGCCCGUAAGAAAAACACCUCCGUGCUGUCGUACUUCAGCAGCGCCAAGACGGACGACUCGGCCCACCAGGCCCACCGUUUCUUCACCGAGAGGAGGUUACACAACCUGGACACCCUCUGAGACGCACGGAGACUCACACACUGACACACACACACCACACACAAAAGAUGAACUUGUUGUUGUGCCUUAGGCAACAUAUCCUUAGACAAGAAUGGAGUAAGGACUUGUAUUACUUGUUUUUGUCUUUUUUUUAUGCAAGAGAAACAUUAAAAUGUUUGUAUUUCUUA